GCAUGUUUCUGUUUGUUUUAGAUAUAAAACAAUGCUUUCUUAUUUUUAUUUUUAUUUUAUUUUAGUGCAGUGGGUUGAUCAUCCAUUUUUUAUUUAUUUAUUUUUCGCUUUGAAGCGAAAUAGCAAUGUUUCACGGGUUAAUUUUAACUUAACAAAAGGGUCAAUGAACAUGACUGUCAUUGAUGUUGUUCUGUUCUAUUUCUUCUUUUGUGUCUCUCAAGAUGAUAAUAAUGAUAAUGAUGUUGAUAUGGAUCUAUUGUUGAUAUGCUCUGCCUGUCUAAUUCAACAAAGAUCAAGAUAUAAAUUUCUUAAUUGACGGAUGAAAGAAUUGGCGAAACAAAAUGGUAAUUAUCUAGAUUGUCUUUAAUAAAUUGAUGUUGACUGCCUUAAAAGUAACCACACACUCUAUUUCUUUCUGUGGCUCAACAAAAAGCUAUUUCCGCACACGGUCAUCAUAGCCGGUAAGACA